AUGGCGCGGCUCCUGGCAGUUACCCUCGGUUGCAUCAGCCUCCUGUACCUGCAGCUCCCUGGAGCGCUGUCCCUCGGCCUGGGGGGGCGCCCGCGUCCCUCCCGAUUCAGGGAACCCUUGGCCCGGACCUCUUCCAGAAGCCUGCGUCCCCGGCACCCCGCACCCCAGCCUGUGGUCUGGAAGCUGCACCAGGCCCCUCAGCCACAGAAGAGCACUAGUCUGGCUGCUGCCUUGAGCCAACCUCCCCAGGACCAUGGCCGAAGACACUCAGGCUCCUGGCACUCAGGACCCCGCAGACCCCGAGCCCAGCUCCUGCGGGUGGGCUGCGCGUUGGGGACCUGCCAGGUGCAGAACCUCAGCCAUCGCCUGUGGCAGCUUGUGGGGCAGGCCAGUCAGCAGGACUUGGCCCCUGUGGACCCCAGCAGCCCUCACAGCUACGGCUGA